CGCGAGGAGGCUGCAGCCGGGCCGGGCACCACAGCCCCGCACACAGAGGAAGGGGGGGAGUGCAGAGCCCCCCCCGGGGAGCGGAGGGAGAGGCUGGCCCAGGGGCAGCGAGCGGAGCGAGCGAUUCUCUUUGGUUCCUUGUCUGGCUGUUCCCGGCAGGGUGCAUGCUCCAGCGAUGGAGCAGCAGCCCCAGCAGCUGCGAGCAGCAGCCGGCGCUCGGAGCCAAGGACAAAUUUGCAGAGCGCUGGCGGCGUUGCUCCCCGGGGCAGAAGGCAGCUAUGCCCCUGCCUAGCCGAGCGGGCCUCACCUCCAGCCGGGCUCCUUCCACGCUGCUUUCCCGGCUCCUGCUUUGGAUUUACUAGGAGCCAUUUUGUCUUUCACCCCCCUUUCCCCUUCCCCCCUCCCCCUUCUUCCCCUUUGUUAAUUCAAAACUGCACCGGAGAGGGGAUGGGGAGGCUGGAGCGGCGUCCUGUGGUGAGAGCUUAAAGAGCAGCUCGCAGACCCCUUCCUCCCCAGGCAGGUGCAAUUACAGAGCAGGGGGCUCGGCUGCAGGGGGCUCGGGCUUUGCUUCUUAUUUUUUUUACCCCAUUUUCCCCUGAUCCCCCCCCCCAGCUCCCCCCCCUUUGUUAGCUGGCGAGAGGAACGAACAGCUGGUUUAAGCCGGGGGAAUAGGGCCCCUUCUCCUUUCUGUGCCAAAUCCCGGACGAUGGUGAAUUAUGAACGUGCCACAUCAUGAAGCUCUUGUGGCAGGCAACUCUGCACCACACCUGGAAUGCUGCCCUGCUCUCGGUCGUCUACCUCACGGCGCAGGUGUGGAUCCUGUCUGCAGCAGCUGCCUGGGCUGGAGCCUCGAACUGCCCCUCCGUCUGUUCCUGCAGUAACCAGCUCAGCAAGGUGGUGUGCACACGCCGCGGCCUGGCCGAGGUCCCUCAGGGCAUCCCUUCCAACACCCGCUAUCUCAACCUCAUGGAGAACAACAUCCAGCUGAUCCAAGCAGACACCUUCCGGCACCUGCACCACCUGGAGGUCUUGCAGCUGGGCAGGAACUCCAUCCGCCAGAUCGAGGUGGGUGCUUUCAAUGGGCUGGCCAGUCUCAACACCCUGGAAUUGUUUGACAACUGGCUGACCGUCAUCCCGAGCGGGGCCUUCGAGUACUUGUCCAAGCUGCGGGAGCUGUGGCUCAGGAGCAACCCCAUUGAGAGCAUCCCGUCGUACGCCUUCAACCGGGUCCCGUCCCUCAUGCGCUUGGACCUGGGCGAGCUCAAGAAGCUGGAGUACAUUUCUGAGGGGGCUUUUGAGGGAUUAUACAACCUGAAGUACCUUAAUCUUGGGAUGUGUAACAUUAAAGACAUGCCGAACCUCACGCCCCUGGUGGGGCUGGAGGAACUGGAGAUGUCGGGGAAUAACUUCCCUGACAUCAAGCCAGGAUCUUUCCAUGGGUUAAAGUCUCUCAAGAAGUUGUGGAUUAUGAACUCCCAGAUCAGCCUGAUUGAGCGGAACGCGUUCGACGACCUCACCUCGCUGGUGGAGCUCAACCUGGCCCACAAUAACCUGACCUCGUUGCCACACGACCUUUUUGCCCCCCUGAGAUACCUGGUGGAGUUGCACUUGCACCACAACCCCUGGAGCUGCGACUGCGACAUCCUGUGGCUCUCCUGGUGGCUGCGGGAGUACAUCCCCACCAACUCCACCUGCUGCGGGCGCUGCCACGCCCCGAUGCACAUGAGGGGCAAGUUCCUGGUGGAGGUGGACCAGACCUCCUUCCAGUGCUCCGCACCCUUUAUCAUGGACGCCCCCAUGGAUCUAAACAUCUCUGAAGGACGAGUGGCGGAGCUCAAGUGCCGAACUCCCUCCAUGUCCUCCGUGAGGUGGUUGCUGCCUAACGGGACCGUUCUGAGCCACGCGUCCAACCACCCACGGAUAUCCGUCCUCAAUGACGGGACCUUGAACUUCUCCCAUGUUUUGCUAACGGACACCGGGGUUUAUACAUGCAUGGUCACCAAUGUGGCAGGGAACUCCAAUGCCUCGGCCUACCUCAACGUGAGCACGGCCGAGCUCAACACUUCCAACUACAGCUUCUUCACCACUGUCACGGUGGAAACCACAGAGAUCUCCCCCGAAGACAUCUCCCCAAAAUUCACUAAACCAGUGCCAACGACUUCGACAGGGUACCAGCCGGCGUACACCACCACCACGACGGUGCUGAUCCAGACCACCAAAACGCCCAAGCAGGUGGCAGUGCCCACCGCGGACACUAACGACAAAAUGCAGACCAGCCUGGACGAGGUGAUGAAGACCACUAAGAUCAUCAUCGGCUGCUUCGUGGCGGUGACGUUGCUGGCGGCGGCCAUGCUGAUUGUCUUUUACAAACUUCGCAAGCGGCACCAGCAACGCAGCACGGUGACGGCCGCCCGGACCGUGGAGAUCAUUCAGGUGGACGAGGACCUGCCGGCGGCACCAGCGGCUCCGCCCAGUGUAUCAGGUGGCAAGAGCUGAAGCUUCCCCCCCCUCCCCAAUUGCUGGGGUUCCCCAAUCAAUCGAGGGCUCUUUAGAUCUCUGUCACCUGCUGGGGGCAGGAGCAAAUCAAACGGGAGCUGCUGCAAGGCAGAAAUACUCUCACUUGUUUCUAGAAAUGCAACCAGAUUACGCAUGGGGGAAUCGUCAGAUUGACAGAGAGUCUCUUGCUCAUGUGAGCAUCUGGCGAACCCUGGACGGGGGAAAAGGCUCUCCUCCCUGGCACAUUCACCCCCCAAAGCAACUCGUGGAAGGUGUCUGGGGAGCAGGGAAGUGCUGAGGGAGGCCGAGCCCAUUUCCAGCGGAACUCCUUUCCUUUCCGAGCUGAGCGUUAACAAAUAAAGUGAAAGGGUGAGAACAGACAGAGCGACUCCAGAACAACCGGCCUGUACUCUGAGAAACAAGUGUAUUUUUGUAUUUUAAUAAACAUUGUUCACAUUUGUAACGACACGUCCCUAACGGAUUAAAUUGACCAGCUGGCCUGAGGCGGGAAUCAAACAGAAUCAAACCCAAAGGGUUUUGA